AUGGUGCAAGGUUAUUUAGGUCAAGAAGUACUCCCUCUUGGAACUCAAACAAAGACUUACGUGAAUGACAUAUGCACUCAUAUUAAUGUUUAUAUAAGGGAAGAGAUGAAAACAGAGAACCUGACUCUCACCCAAGAACAAAGUGGUGGUACAAUUGGUUUUCAAUAUGAUAAAAGUUACAAAGAAUAUGAUGAAUUGAGCCAGCAGAUUUAUGACAAGAUUAAUGAAAAAGGAGAUGAAAAUAUUUUUGAAGAGCAAGUUAAAGACAAACAAAAGGAACUAUUUAAAUCAAGUUCUGAUUCUGAUGAAAGGCAGAGAUAUCAAAAGCCGCAUAAACAAAAAAUUGAGACUGGAUGUUGGAGAAUUUUUCACAUUCUUUGGGUUACAAAUAUUAUACCAAGCGAAUUGAUCGAAGCCAAGUUAAUUGCAAAAUAUUUUUGCAAUGCAACAGAAACAAAAUACAAUAUUCUAAUUCAAGCAUUAUUAGGAGAUCCAAAAUUUGCAAAAUUUUUCAACCCAAAAGGUGAAGAUGUAUUAAUAUUAGCUGACAUUGCUGAGAAACUUUAUUAA